AUGGCGGCUCAGAUGGAGCAGCAGCGUGCACCGGAAUUGGCAUUGGCCUGUAUGGAGGAGAGUAAACCUAUUGUACCCGUGGACAUUUCUGCUAGUUCCGGAAUAGGCUUAACAUGGUCAAACCCGGGUAUUCAGCCGCUUAAAACGAAGCCCACAAUGCCAGGAGGCUUCAGUCACAAGAUGGAGACGUGUCCGACCAAUAUUCAGACGAGUAGUAGCAUGGGUGAAUUGCUCGAGGAGGUUGUGCUACCAAAACCUAGCGAUGGUCUCCUUAUGCCCAAUAUGAAUUGUGAUUCCGUGUCGCCCAUAUCAUCAAAUGUGAUAAAAGACCUACAAUUCGAUUCAAGAUUUAUAUCGGACACCUGGUCCUAUGAAGCACCGCAAAACAUGUAUGCACUAUUGACACAACCUCCAACUCCAAUGGAUCCAUUAGCCGGGGGAACAGGUCUUGUGACUCCCUACAUGCAGCUACAAGCUCAGCAACAUCUUCACCUCCAGCAGCAACACCAGCAAUUAGACCAGCAUCUCGAUCAUGUGGACUUACCGCUUCAAAUGUCCCCCAUUCACAACUCCGGUCUGUCAUCCCUCUACAUGUCCGGACCUCCGCUGAUGACGAGCCCACAGCAGAUGAUGAUGCAGCAGCCUCUUCAUGGAUCCGAAUUCGGUCCUGGUUUUCCUACAACACCAAUGGCAGUGAACUUGAGUGACAUCAUGGCCUCAGGUGAUUUGGGCAUGUUCCUUUCGCCGAGCGGGAGCCCGGCCAACUUGGUCAAGCAGCACAUGAUGUCACCCAUGCCGCACAUAGGAGGAGUGGUCAACGUGAAGGAUCUGACGCUCAACGAGUUGCGUCCGCACUUUAAUAAGCCAAUGGCAGUCGUCGCCAAGGAAUUGGGUGUUUGUAUUACGCUAAUGAAGAAGAUCUGUCGUCGCAAUGGACUCGUGCGUUGGCCGCAUCGACGUAUUCGCAGUCUGGUUAAUCGCAUAACAUCGCUACAAGUACUUGCAAGUAACACUGCAGGUGCUGAGCGCAAGCGCUUUCAAGGACAGAUUGCUGGUCUGCGUGAAGAAUUAUCAGCUGUUAUCCAGAAUCCAAACGAGAAGAGUCGCAAGGCUCAAAUCGACAUUUCGACGAUUCCCGUCAAUACAGAGCAGUUGGUGCCGCAGGAAUUCAAAAACGAGUUUCCAGUCGCUGAAAUUGCGGUCGAGAUGGCAGGUGCAUUAGAUAAUGAAGAUGACGCCAAAAGGUGGACGAAGGAGAAAUUGACCAAUGUCACGAAUAAAGCGGGUGCAAUCGAAGAGGCCGACGGAACGAGUGGGGUUUCUGUACAAAAGCGGAUGGAAGGUAAGGGUCCCCAAAGGAAAAAGCGCAAACCUUCAUUUGGUCUCCAUGCCUACCAACCUCCGCCGAUCAAGAUACCUCGACACGAUGAGUUGCCGUCGAUGACCCGCUUAUGUAGCCAAAGUGUACCCGAGAGAAAGCAUCGUGGAGAACGACGAUAUGGUCGAGGACGGGCUACAGCCCAUGGCACCAGCUCUUCAUGUGUGCGGCCAUCCACUACGACCCAUCGCAAAGGUAGGCGCGGUUCCAUUUCGUCAAUUUUGAAUGACAUCCUUGAGUGA